GGUUACGCGUAGGAAUAAAUGUGACUUUCGUUUGCUAGCUUUAGCUGUUAUUGGCUUCUUUUUUCUACAUAACUCGGGAUUCACUUUUUGGUUGUUACAUUGAUUAUAUCGAAUUUUUUUCCUCUUUGUUUGAUUAGCUUUUUACUUGCUUGUUUCUUGUUGCUUUUGAUGCUAAUACUGUACUCUAUCGAAUCCACGUAUUUGAUGGCUUCUUAUGAGUUGACAUCUUGCUUUCUAUUUUCCUUCAUCUAGUAUAUAAUGAAUCUAUCAAUUUUAGACUUUGGCCUUGGCAUUUGUAUGCUCUGUGAGCAUUAAAGGCUAUAUUAUCUCAUGAGUUGGCGUGAUUCUUCAAUCCUUAUACGGCUACUCCUUAUCAAUAAGAUAUUUAAUUCAGCAUAAAUGUGAUAAGAGAUGUGGUUCUUAAAACUGUGUUGCUUCUAUAGCUACUCCGCAUCAAUAAAUCUUCAAUUUACCAUAUUUGUGAUAAGAGAUGUGCUUCUUAAAAUUAUGUUGACACUGAAUUGGUGGUACUGAUAAAAAAUUGCAUGAAUGAUAGUGGGGCUAGAGCUAGAUGGGUCUUGGGUUUGAUAAGAUUUGUCUAAUGAGUCCAAGUAGGUGGCUGGCGGAGAGGGAUGCGUCAACAUAAAACUGUAGCGGAGGCUGCAUUUACAAUCGCAAAAUUUUGUUAUGUCAUUUGCAAGUGGCUAAACGGGAUGAAAAUCUUGUGUGCGUAGAGUAGUGGGUUUAGCCCAGUUUCUUGUUUGGCUUAAUAGUAAAUUGUCAUUGGGAUGGGCUGUGCUCCAUUGUUGUAGGAUGUGGAGCAUCUUUGUUAUGGUGACUGGUUCAAUAGCAUAAGAAUUGUGUUGUUUCUUGCAUUUAAUUCACUGUUUAAGUGCUGAGAGAAGAAUGGAUAAAGCAUACAUGGGCAAGUGCGGGAAUCAUCUAAAGGGAUUGCAUUAUGCGCAGAAAUGAAGAAGGGGGCAGGGGUGAUUCUGGUAACUGAUCAUUCAGCAAAAUUACCUGUAUUUCGCUUUUCCUAUUUUGUUACAAGAGAAGUUGUUAGGCUGUAUUUUGUUACGAGAGAAGUCGUUAGGCAGUGUCAAGGUUUUGGACCUUCAGAAGGCAGGUGUGUCCCUUGUUCAAGAAUUCCUGGAAAAGCGGUUGUUGCAUCUCCUUGUCCUUCUCAUGGUAAUCAUAAAAUUUAUUCACAGGUCAAGAUUGGGUCAAUAAAAUAUGCCUCUGGGGCAGCAUCUUUUGUGUGCAGAGCGAGUUCUGGUGGUCCUAGGAGAAACCCAGACUUCUCAAAGCAAAACAAACGGGGUUUCUCCCGAAACAGGAAUAGACAAAAUGAAGAGAGAGACAGCUUCGAAAAUCUUGAUGAAUCUGAUAUGUUAACUUCAAAAAAUGGACCGUUACUUGCUCUCACAAAUACAUCAAAAUUUCAAGCCACUGCAGCCCCAGGGCCAAGCGAGAAGGAGAUUGUUGAGCUAUUCAGGAAGGUACAGGCUCAGCUGCGUGAAAGAGCUGCAGUCAAAGAAGACAAAAGAGUUAAUACCUCCAAAGGAAAAGGUAAGGAGAGUGAAACUGUGGAUUCCCUCCUUAAGCUGCUGAGGAAACACACAAGUGCACAAGGUAAGAAAAAAGAGGGCAGUCCCGAGUUUGCUGUGGACCAGCAGGAACAGAGCGGAUCAAACAGUGAGAAUAAAAGCACAAGCUUCCUUAAUCCUAAUUACAAAGAAAGGAGUGGAGGCCUUGAACCUGAUUUCUCAUCUUUUACCAGACCACCAUCAAAUUUCCGACGCAAGUCUCCAGUUCCUCAAGUGAAAUUUAAGCCCACACAUUCAAAUGAGGAUCCUGUCAAUUCCAAAUCAUAUUUGAAUUUAAACGGUGAGAAAAAGCAGCAGUUUGAGGUGAUUCCUGAUACUGCCCAGCAGCUAGAAUUGGUGCAAGAGGAGGUUGAGUUGGAAUUUGAGCCGGAGCCAGCAUUCUCUUUCCCUGAUGGUGAUGUGUUGGAUGAGUUAUCAGGAGGGGAGUAUUCAGACAUUAAUAAUAUUGACGCAGAUACAGAUAAACAACCAGAGGUUGAACAUGAGGAUUUGAAUUCUUUGAAGUUGACAGAGUUGAGGACAAUUGCAAAGUCGCGAGGUGUAAAAGGGUUUUCAAGGAUGAAGAAAGGUGAGCUAGUGGAGUUGCUAACUGGUAGCUCAAUCUGAUUAAAAUGAUUCAGUAAAGAAAGCCAAGAGAGAAGAAACUUAGUUUAGAUAUAUUUUUCUUUUUCGUGUCAUAUGCGACUUCAAAUUCUUUCAGAUGUUACUAUUUUGCCGGUGAAGUUUUUAUUCGAAAAAGGAAAAUAUGAUUGGACAGAGAUAAUUUAACUU